AUGGUACUCAAAUCGCCCAUUCCCCUCGAGCAGUUGAAAUUCAACAUCCCCGUGCCCUACAAGCUGCAAGUGGACCGGGAGUUGCUGGAUAUCACCAAGCAGAAGCUAGCUUUAGCCCGCUACCCAGAAGAGCAGUCUGAUUUUAAUGAGAACAAUUGGGCGCAAGGCGCUAAAGUCUCUCGUGUGAAACAUCUCGCGGGGCACUGGCAGAACAAAUAUGACUGGGACACACAAGAAAAAAUCUUGAAUAGUGCUUUCAACCACUUCAUUGUGAAGCUUGACGUCCCUGGAUAUGGCACUCUCGUGCUGCACUAUACUCACGCACGCUCUUCCAGUAGCAAAGCAAUUCCUCUCUUAUUCUCCCACGGCUGGCCAGGCUCAUUUGUGGAGGCAGUUCGUGUUGUUGAACCAUUAAGCGAGCCAAAGGACGCCAAAGACCCGGCUUUCCAUGUCGUCGCUCCCUCCAUUCCUGGUUUUGGCUUUUCCCCUGCGCCGACCAAAUCUGGCGUUGGGCCGAAUGUGGUAGCCCGCGCCUACAAGAUCCUGAUGACAGAUGUCUUGGGCUACACAAAGUUUGUCACACAGGGAGGAGAUUUUGGGUCGUUCAUCACCCGCUCUCUGGCCAUACAAUAUCCGGAUUUGGUCAGAGCUCAACAUCUGAACAUGUUUCCAGUUCCUCCGCCGAGUCUCUUCUCAGCUCCUGCCGCUUACAUCCGGUGGUGCUUUUCUGCCCUUACAUACUCGGAAUUUGAGCACAAAGCACUGCAGGUUAGGCGAAACUUUGAGCAAGAUCAAAGCGGUUAUCUUGACCAACAAAAAACCAGACCUCAAACCCUUGGCUUUGCUCUAGGCGAUUCACCAGUUGGUUUAAUCGCCUGGUUUGUGGAGAAGAUUCACGACUGGGCUGAUGUUUAUGAUGCGUUCAGUGACGAUGAUAUAAUCACGCUGGUUAUGAUGCACUGGAUACAGGGUGCGACUCCUGGUCUGCGCUUCUACCGGGAAGCGUUUGGCCGUGGAAUGCAUGAGGCUGAAAGAACAUUUGAGACAUAUGUGGCUGCUCCCACUGGUGUGAGCAUGUAUGCAAAGGAACAACUCCAUUGCCCACGGGACUGGGCCAACCAGGCUGCCAACAUUCAAUUUUGGCGCGAAUACGGGAAGGGCGGCCAUUUUUCAUCUUUAGAGCGCCCAGAUUUGUUCGUGAAAGAUGUUCGAGAGUUUUUCUCGUCAAACGCCGUCAUCAAUUCAUGGGCUCGCGCUUGA